UCUACUGCCAUUGCAACACCUACCUUAGAGCCAAAAUGGGAGAUGCUUGGAGAAUCUGUUCCCUUUUGAUUGCUCUCCUCUCCACCUCCUUGGCCGGUGCUGGACCUCUUCGCAGCCGGAUCGUUGGGGGCCGCGAAGCGAAGCCACACUCCAGACCUUACAUGGCAGCUUUGAAAAUUGAUGGAGAUUUUGGAUGUGGGGGGUUCCUCAUUGCCCCCCAGUGGGUGUUGACGGCAGGCCAUUGCAGCGGGGAUACUUCCGUCAUUUUGGGCGCGCACGAUCUGAAUGCUAUUGAAGAGAGCCAGCAAAUGUUUGGAGUCAUAAGCUAUCACAAACACCCCGGUUAUUCCAUAAUAAGUGGUAUCCCUUUCAAUGACAUCCUUCUGCUGAAGCUGGACCGUAAAGCUGAACUGAAUGAAUACGUCCAAAUGAUCCCUAUCCCAAAGACCACGAAUGACCUUCCUAAAAACACCCGAUGCUCCGUGGCGGGAUGGGGCCGGAUCGAUGCCACGUAUCUUCCCACACCAAAGCUCUUUGAGACCAACGUGACGGCCCUCGGCCGUAGAAAAUGCCUCCAGUUUGACCCAGAACUUAUUGACGGGAUGAUGUGUGCUGGCAGCCGGGCCACGAUAUGUGAUGUCAGCAAUGGGGAUUCUGGGAGUGCCUUGAUCUGCAAUGGGGUGGCCCACGGCAUCGUCUCCUAUGGCUUCCAGAUCCCGCCUUCCAUAUACACCCGCGUGGCUUUCUACCUUCCUUGGAUCCAGACGGUGAUGAAUGAACACUGAUGAAGAGAGAGAGAAAUCUAUUGCAUCUAUUGUUUCAAAUUCAGUCCGUCUGUUUCCAUCGCUUUUGCUUCCCCGAUACUUUGCAGCUGCUAAAGUGAAUUUUGCAAUACAGAAAGUCUUGAGAAGGGAACAAUCUUUGAUUAGGCAUGUUAUAAAGUUGGUCUUUCAAUUUGCACAAAGUAAGGUCCUCCCUUAUCAAUUACUGAACUGGCUAUUAGUUCUCCCAAUGUACAUCCUUGCUACUAGUUCCUUUCCUUGUUGACAAAGUGCUGGGUCCAUUUACAGGUAGCCCUCAACUUAAGACCGCAAUUGAGCCCAAAAUUUCUGUUGCUAAGAAAGACAGUUGUUAAACGA